AUGCAACCAACACAAGCAGCAUCAUAUCAUAAACAAGAAAAUCCUUCCUGUCCUCCCUACCCAUAUUUUCCUCCAGGUAUCAAGAAUCAUGAAAUCAAUACAAAUAAUCCGGCCGUUAAACUCCCUCUUCAUCCCAGCCACCCACCCAUCCUCUCUCCUCCCUCAAACGUACGCAUGUCUCCGCCCGGAGUGCGAGCUGCGAUGGCUGCGAUGGCUCCCACUACGUCUAUGCCUCACAUGCGUCUCGCGGACAUACGUCUUCUCCCUCCUCCUCGUAUCUCCAUUCGUACCAUGGAAGAAGGCCAAAAUACUCGUAAUAAAAAAGAAAAUGGUAUUCAUAAUCCCAAAGGCAAAGCACGCCUUCUUCAUCGCGCACUGCUUAUCGGCGCUGAAAUUGAGACCCCGCACAGUCGCGGAGCCAAAAUCGCCAAACGAGAUGGUGUGUGGCGAACCCGCGGACACGUUCGAGCAGUUCUGGUCGGUGAUGUAGCGCAGGGUGUAGACGCCGCCGAUGAAGGCGCCGACGAAGAGGAGGUCGAUGAAGGCGACGAAGCGGGAGUUGUUGGCGGAGCGGUGGUAGGUGAAGAGCGUGGCGAUGGCCCAGGCGAGGGCGAGGACCGAGACGAUGAAGAGGACGAGGAUGUCGUCGGGGGUGAGGGCGUUGGCGCGGUCGUAGAUGUGGACGAAGUAGGCGAGCAUGCCCAUUGUUGGGAUCUGGUGGGCAGUGGUGUUAGCAUGAUUUGUUUUUGGGUUUUGGGGAGGCUGGGAAGGAAAAAUUUGCGACUGAAAGGAUAG